CUGCUCCACGUUCUAGAUAUCAUAAGUUAAAGUAUAUUCAAUUGCGUGCGUGAUAAAAAUAUAUUCAAAGUAAUCGGGAAGUUAAAAAAAUGAGGAAUUUAAGUGAAAGAAAAAGAUUUUCAUAAUUUUUUUUUAAGAAUCAAAGAUUUAAGUUAAUUAAAGCAAAGCAACAAAAUUAAUAAAUUAAUCUAUAGUUGGAUGGUGCAAUUAAAGUUUAAAAAAGUCAAAUGACAAAAUGAUCAAAAGAUAAAAAUAGCAAGAAAAUUAAAGAUAAAGAAAAGUGUGAAAAUCGAGCAGAAAAUUGAAAGUUUCGUGAAAUUCCACGAAAAUAAUGAAAAUUAUUUUCCUAAAAUGUCAUUUUCCAUUUAUAUUUAUGGUUUUGCAAUAGCUUUAUUCAUCUUUUAUUGUGGAAAUCUGCUUCUACAUAUAUUUGGAAUUACUUACGGCAAAAUCAAAUUGCACAAGAAACCAUGUCUACUGCCACGGGAAUCACCGCUACCCUCCGUUUCGAUAUUGAAGCCAUUGAUGGGUGUCGAUCCGAAUUUAUCACCGAAUCUUGAAACAUUUUUUACUAUGCAAUAUCCAUCCUAUGAGCUAUUAUUUUGUAUAGAAGAUAAGGAAGAUCCAGCUGUGGCAGUAGUUAAUAAUUUAAUAGAUAAAUAUCCAAAAGUAAAUGCUCAUUUAUAUCUUGGUGGAUCAAAAGUUGGAGUUAAUCCUAAAAUUAAUAACUUAAAUGCUGGUUAUGUACAUGCAAAAAGUGAUUUUGUCAUGAUAUCCGAUAGUGGAAUAAGAAUGAAAGAAGAUACUCUACUCGAUAUGGUUCAACAUAUGAAAGAUGGAAUUGCCUUAGUCCAUCAAUUGCCAUUCACAUGUGAUCGUGAAGGAUUUGCUGCAACAUUCGAGAAAAUUUAUUUUGGCACAUACCAAGCACGUAUGUAUCUCACGGCUGAUCUCUUCGGUGCCAUUUGUCAUACAGGAAUGUCAUCAUUAAUUCGUCGUGAUGUAUUGGAGGAAGUUGGUGGUUUACAGGCAUUUGGCUGUUAUCUUGCAGAGGAUUUCUUCCUAGCCAAAUCAAUAAGUGAAGCGGGAUGGAAGUCCGCUGUUAGUAGUCAACCUGCAUGGCAAAAUUCAGGCAUAUGCGAUGUUACAAGCUUUCAAUUACGUCUCACGCGAUGGGCGAAAUUACGGGUCGCAAUGGUGCCGCAUUUAAUAAUUCUUGAACCGCUUAGUGAAUGUAUGGUACUAGGCUGUUUGGCAUCAUGGGCAGUAAAUGUGCUUUUUCAAUGGGAUGCCUUACCAUUCUACUUAGUACAUAUUUUAGUAUGGUUUCUAUCUGACUGGAUUAUGCUUUCAGUGGUACAGAAUGGACCAUUGCCAUUUAAUAAAUUCAAUUUUGUCGUCGGAUGGUUGUUCCGCGAGUUUACUGGACCAUACCUUUUUGCAUGUGCAUUAUUCAAUCCAGCAAUCAGAUGGCGAGAAAGGACAUUUAAACUACAUUGGGGUGGUAUAGCAUAUGAGACGAAAUCGAGGAUAAAAUCAUAGCGAAUAUUUAAUAUACACACAGUUAAUUUAAAUAAUUAAAUUAAUGUAGGGGAGGGAAAAAUUCUUACUUUGUCAUUUUAAUUAAUUUAUAACCUGUAAAAAAAAUCUUGCAUGAUCAUUUAUGUUUUCCUUUCAUCAUUUAUUUUUUAUACUGUAUUAGGUAAAAUGUCUAAAAAAAUUCUCUUAAAAUUGAAAGUUUGUUUUCGUAAUUUUUUUAUAAAAAAUGAUUUUUUGUUGAAAUUUUUUGAAAGUGGAAGCGGUAAAUUGAAAAUAAUCAGAAAAUGAUAUUAUUUUCACACACACAUACACACAAAAAGUGGUUAAAUAGAAAAGUAAAAGACAAUGGACCGUGAAACCUCUUGUUUUAAAGAGGACCAACUAGAUGAUAUAGGAGAAGUUCAUCGAAGUGUUUUUGUGAAACUUUUUCAAAAGUAAAAAAAUGGGAACAUAAAUAUUUAUUUAAAAAAAUAUUAAUUAUUAAAUUAAUAAAAAAAAACCAUUAAUUGAUAAAAAU